AUGUCUGAUUCGGUUUACACAGGAGAAGACUUUGAUGCCAGAGUAAGAAAGCAGGUGGAGUUUUACUUCUCAGAUUCGAACCUUCAAACGGAUCGUUUCCUCUGGAGAAUCUAUGAAGCGAACGAUGGAUGGGUUGAGUUGAAGACGAUCUUGACAUUUGGAAGAAUGAGACAGUAUAGACCUGAAGAAAGGGUGAUCGCUGCUUUAAAACAAUCGGACAAGCUCGUUUUGUCUGCCAAUGAGGACAUGAUCAGAAGAAAAGCUCCUUUGAAGGACCGUAACGAAUUGAAAAACAACAGAAGAAGAAACUCGGUGCACAUUGAAGGAUUUCCCACCAGUGUGACACAGGAGGUAUUGGAAGAGUGGUUCAAUGACAAAAUAGUGCCCAAGUUGCCUAAGGAACAGGCGAUCUGCUCUGUACGUAGAAUCCGAAACAGAGCCAAAGAGUUCUUUGGUGUGGUUGACGUGGAGUUCAAGAAUCAAGAAGAUCUGGAGUUCUUCUUGCUGUUGGACGUCAGCUACCCUCAAGGUGUGGUUGAGGGUGUCGAAGAGAAGGAUCUCUUGAAGAAGAUGUCUCUUUUGAGAUACAGAGAGUUGAAGGAAUCGGGCAAGAGAUUUGGUGUCAAUGAGGUGACAAAGAGAAGAAGCUCCUUCAAGGACAGUAACAAUAAGAGAGCCCGCAAGGAUGAGAAGAAGGAAGGUGAAGGUUCGACUGAGUCCGAGGAAAAGGACAAUACAGAAAAGACAAGCGAGAUAGCGACGGAAGGCACAAAAGAGGGUGGAGAGGAAGCCAAAGGAGAGGGUAAUGAACAGCCUAAAGAAGGCGCUAAGGAAGAGGCCAAGGAGGAGAGUACAAAGGAGGAUUAA